AUGUUCAUUAUGACGGAUCAGCAAGAUUAUUGCUAUGCAGAUUUCGCAUUUGAGGCUGAAGUGAAAAGCAAAGAUUACACUGUUGGAUAUUAUAAAUACGAGAUAUAUAUCCAUACCGUCUACAAGGGGGAUAUAAAAGAGAAAUUAGCCACGGACACAAUCUAUGGUGAAGGUCCAUUCUUCUCUUGUGGACCCCAGAUAUUAAAUGUCAGCACCACCUACCUCAUUUACGCCAAAGAAAGAGAUGGCAAGGUGAAAAUUGAAAAUUACAAACCCAUGGAUGGCGUCAGCGAUGAUGACAUCAAACGAAUGACGACAAAAUAUGACUGCAGUUGUAAAAUACGAUUUAGUGACGCCCAGUUAAUAGGCGCUCCGGAUGGUCUGAUACUCCCGGAGGCCAAUGAAAAUGAGUGUAAUGUCCCUAAUAAAUGGUGUUACAGAAAUGGUUUCUGUCAAAGAAAUGAUGAGGGCCGAUGUACAUGGGGAGAACUAGGAUCCUGUAACUAAAAGAAAGUGUAAUAAAUUUGUGGUUUUCUUAUAUAAAAAACUAUCAGAUUAUGCCGUUAGAAAUAGAGUUCGGCAAAAUUUUGCAUA